AUGAGGGAGAAGUGGAACUUCAGGAACCGUGAGGAAGAAGAGGAACUUCAGCAACCCACCCGCGGAGACCGCGCGCCCCCGCUGACACCGGGAGUUUGCCGCGCGCCUCCAGCACUCACACCGGACAAGAAGGUUGGAGAAGAAGCGAGUGGAGAUUGCGCGCGCGCGCCUGCCAGCCAUGGGCUCGCGACUUGGCCGCUCGGGAUACGGGAUACAGUAACGGAAAAGGAUCGGAGGCGACGAGAGCGGCGGACGGUGAACGGAGACGGCGCGAGAGCGAGGGAGGAGAGCGCGCCGGCGAAAAUGCGCGCGGACCACGGCUUCAUUAUGCUGCUCCUCAACGGGACGGCGUGCCUGGUGAGCGCGAGAAGGGGCAAUGUGGGUUUUGAAUCUAAUUUAUGUCUCCUUGUUUCAUUUUUCAUUUAUUUUCUGCUCCCCCAUUCUUUCCAAUCUUGGUCUUUCUUUGUCAUUUUCUGCCUCCUCUUUCAUCAUUUCCAUCCAAUCCCAUGGUACCUCUCUCUCCCAUCCUAUCUGUGCCUGCAGUUUGCUCUGGGACAGGAAGAUCCCCACUCCUCCUCUUCCUCUUCUUUGAGUGCAAAGUCUUCAUCCCCUGCGGAUCCCCCCAAGACUCUGGGUGUGCUGGGUGGUCAGGGGUCCCUCUCACCCCUUAGUCGCUGGGUGCUGCACAGCCGGGGACGGGCAGCCAACGCGUCGGCACUGGAGCUACCCUACCGCUCACCCGUACCCUUCUCCAAACAGGAGUUCUGGGAAAUGCUGGGCAGUGACCUGCUCAAGCAAGACCCGAACGUUGAUGCCGAUCCCUUGGGAAACUCGCGGGUCAAACGCCGGCCCAUCGUCAAGACAGGCAAAUUCAAGAAGAUGUUCGGCUGGGGUGACUUCUACUCCAACAUCAAGACGGUGCGCCUCAACCUGCUCAUCACGGGCAAGAUUGUGGACCACGGAAACGGGACGUUCAGUGUCUACUUCCGUCACAACUCCACAGGCCAGGGCAACAUCUCUGUCAGCCUGGUGCCUCCUGUCAAGGCGGUGGAGUUUGACCUGGAACGCCAGAGCGUGGUCUACCCCAAGGACUCUAAGAUAUUCAACUGCCGGGUGGACUACGAAAAGGUGGACCGCAGCAAGCGCACCUCGCUGUGCAACUACGACCCGUCCAAGACCUGCUUCCAGGAGCAGACGCAGAGCCACGUCUCCUGGAUCUGCUCCAAGCCCUUCAAGGUCAUCUGCAUCUACAUCUCCUUCUACAGCACGGACUACCGGCUGGUGCAGAAAGUGUGCCCGGACUACAACUACCACAAUGAGAUGCCCUACCUGCCUUCUGGAUAGAGGAGGAAGGGGCCGGAAUAGAGGGGAAAGAAGAGGACAGGAUCUGUGAGGACAAAGUACAACCAGGGAUGGAGGGAUGAGGAGCAGGAAGUCAUCAGGAAGGAAAGGAAGGGUUGGGGUUAUAGAUGUUGUAGGUGUUGGUCUGUUUACAAUAUCAGAAGGGAGCACGUUCUAAAAGGGUAACAAAGUUCUCCUCAGAAUGUAAAGACUGAAGAGUUCCCUGCCCAACAUUGCAAGGAAUCUUACACCACUGACCUCUUUGGAAAAGGAUCCCUUUGCAAACUGAGCAUUUUUCCAUGGAUUGUGUUUGAUCAUCUGUAAUAUUACCAAGGUGAAUGUAAGGCAUUUUGCUCCUGUGAUAAAUGUCUUGAAGAACCUCUCUGAAAAACCUGACAAAUGUGACCUGCAAAAAUCUAUAUAUGCAAAUCGAGCUGUCUAGCACAGGUACGCAGGUGAGAAUAGAUACCAACAUGAGGCUGUGGUCACUGGCAACUCCCACCAGAAUGCUUUUAAGUAUCAUUGGCCCUACAGCAGGACGAGGUGACAUGCACAUGCUUGAGGUCAAAAAAAAAAAACAAGCAGGAAUUACCAUGUUGAUAUCCAUACACCUACUAUGCAGAAGCUGGGGGUGUUUGCGUUCACUUUUCUUGAGGGAAAAGAAGAGAAAAGAAACUCUUUGUGCAUAAUUCUGGUUAAACUCACCAACGCAUCCAACACAGAAACACAUGCCACUUUGACCUCCUGAUCUCCCAGAUUGUGAGGGUUAUCAAAAAAGGAAGAGAAAAAAGAGAGAAAGAAAGCAGGAAACACUUAAAAUCCUUGAUAAAGAUGGUGGAGAAUGCAAAUCGAGAAAGAGUGAAGAGGAAUGAGAAAGAUAUAGUGAGAGAAAGGAGACAAAAGGUAAGGGGGGUUCAGAGAGCUCUUUAAUUAAGGUAAAGCAGAGAGACAGAGAUGUUGAGUAUGAAUUGAACUGCUUGCUCUAUUGUUCUGUCCAUGCAAGAAGGGGAGAAAGAAAGAUUACAUUUUGUUGCCGUCAGGAUUCUUGAUUUCACGGUAUGAUAAAUUACCCGCUCAAUGCAAGAUUGCUCCGUCCUUCUCUGAGCAAGCCUUUUUUCCGCUACAGUCAGCCCCGUUAUCUCUGAUUAAAAAGAGAAAUAUUAUUACGAUAAUUAUGCAUAAUUUAAUCACACUUAAGACUUAAUUAAAGACUGAGCUAAAUGGAUUUGCCAGUGGUAGAUUCGGAGAUUCAUUUGGCCUGGGAGAUGUUUCUACAGGCCAAAUUACCACAUUAGACAAACAGCAGUCAAGUUGACCUUCCACAACUAUGCAAUUUAAUGAUGAUUACAGUUCAGUUAAGGAAAAACAGUUAUUAAAAUUGAAGUACAUGGGAAACUACAAGCUUUAGGUCUUUUUUAUAAAGACUUAAUCAGAAUGCUUUUAAGGGCAAGGCCGUGUCGAACUAGCCAGAGCUUUGAUAGUGGAUGAGGAAGUAAGAAAGGACAGCAACAUGAGGGAAAGGUAUAGAGAUAGUGGGAGGGUUCAUAAAGGUACACUGACAUGAAAAUACGAGCGAGACAAGAAAGGUACGGGGAUUGACGAUUGAGGAUUGGAGAACAGAAGAAGAAGCCAGUUAAACGGGGCGGACGAGGUAACGGCAUAAAAGCAAAGCGGAGGACAGAAAUUAGACGAUGAUGGAGGUACAGGCAAGCAGAUGAAAAAGAGAACCAGAGCAAAGCAGUGAAGAAAGAAGGAGAAAGGGGAAAAAAAAGAAUGAAAAACAAACUCAUGAUGCUAAAUGCGGUAACAUAAAAGCACAAUGUGGAACAUCAAAGCGUCUCGCUGUUUGAUUCACUGCAGGAGAGAGAGAGAGAGAGAGAGAGAGAGAGAGAGAGAGAGAGAGAGAGAGAGAGAGCAGCCUUUUUAUGAGCUCAUAACUAAAAACAUCCCUUGCCUGAAGUUAAAGCCAGCGUGGUGAAUCCGUCCCUGCAGGCCCGCACAUUAGCGCUGUUAUAAAGGCAGGUAUAUCCUGAAUGAUACGACUGUUUAUGCUCAGUCAUAAAGCCCCCUACUCUCUCCAUUUAUCUCCCUCUAAUCUUCAGCCUUCUGCGUUCUACGUAGGCUUGUUAGAAAAUGCUCAUGGAGACGUUUCCCAAAUCCUCUGUCUGAGUGGGUUGCGCUCGAAAGAACAUAACUCCACGUUUAAUCAGAUUUAAGGCCGUUUUCAGCAAUGCACA